AUGCCCAUUGAUGAGGAAACCCUCCCUUACUAUGACCCUGAGCAAUUCUACCCAGUGCACAUCGGAGACCUAUUCAAGGAUAGGUAUCAGGUCGCGGGCAAGCUUGGCUACGGCGCUUACUCGACGAGUUGGCUAUGCCGAGAUCUUCGAAAUGAUAAGUAUAGGGUGCUGAAGGUGUCAACCUCGCUACGAAAGUUUCCUACUGCGACCGAUCGCGAAUUCAAGAUCUAUAAGCAUCUCGCGAAACUCGAUUCGGCGCACCCAGGACAAUCGCUAAUCCGAGAACUUUACGACUCAUUCGAUCUCCAGGGGCUUGCUGAUCUAAAGACCGACAACCUAAUGCUUAGUCUAGAGGAUGGCACUAUGUUAGCCGAUUUCGCGAAAGAAGAGGUUGACCAACCCAGCCCUCGGAAGAAGAUAGAUGAGAUACGUACCGUUUAUAAAAGCCGACAUUUUCGCCGGCCCGUUGGAGGCAAAGGGUAUGGUCUCCCAAUUCUUUGUGAUUUUGGCGAGGCAAGAAUUGGGAAGAAUCACGAAUCCGGUCCUUUUGUGCAGCCCCAUAUAUACAGGGCACCAGAGGUUAUAUUCGAGAUGUCAUGGGGAAGUGCUGUUGAUAUUUGGAACCUAGGAGCUUUAAUUUGGGACCUCUUCGAAGGAAAACAUCUCUUUGGAGAUAUCUUCGACAACAAAGACGGCCAUGACCCAUUCAAGCACCUUGCACUUAUGGUCGCCCUGAUUGGGCCACCGCCGACCGAAUUUGUCCAGCGUAGCGAGACAACGGAGCAAUGCUUUGAUUAUAGUGGCGCUUGGAUUGCACAUCAAGACGCCGCUAUACCGCUGGUUUCACUAGAAAGUUUAGAAGUGCGACUUUCGGGCAGCGAGAAAGAGCUGUUUAUGCGUUUUAUGAGAUCUAUGCUUAAGUGGCUGCCAGAGGAGCGCAGGACGGCAAGACAACUACUCGAGGAUCCAUGGCUGCUUUAG